GAUCCGACCGCCUCGAUCGGGACGGGAGCCCCUCAGGCCUCACCCACCGAGACCAGCCCAGGCGGCCGCAGCCACCGCGCCGCGACGGCCCGCGCAUUCCCUCAGAUCCCCAGAUCCCUCCCGGCCAUGGCCGCCGCGCCCCGCCCGCGCCACCACUGCUAGCGCCAUGGCCGCCGCCGGCGCCGCGCCCUGCCGGAGCCCGCUCGCCUGGCUCUUCGCGCUCGCCGCCGCGCUCUUCUUCGCGUCCUGGUACCUCCUCCUCGACUCCGCCGCCGCCGCCCGCGCCUACCAGGGCCUCCGCCUCGGCGCCGGCGGGCGGCUCCCGGGCCUCGGGACGAAAUGCGACCCGGCCCGGGCGCUGCUGCGGGUGUACAUGUACGACCUGCCCCCCGAGUUCCACUUCGGCCUGCUCGACUGGAAGCCCCCCGGCUUCGGCGGCGGCGUGUGGCCCGACGUCAGGGGCGCCGUGCCGGAGUACCCGGGGGGCCUCAACCUGCAGCACAGCAUCGAGUACUGGCUCACGCUCGAUCUCCUCGCCUCCGAGCAGGGCGCGCCCACGCCCUGCGCCGCCGUGCGGGUGCGCCGGCACGCCGACGCCGACGUCGUCUUCGUGCCCUUCUUCGCCUCCCUCAGCUUCAACCGGCACUCCCGGGUCGUGCCGCCCGCGCGGGACAGCGAGGACCGCGCGCUGCAGCGGAGGCUCCUCGAGUUCCUCGCCGCGCGCCCCGAGUGGCGGAGGACCGGCGGCCGGGACCACGUCGUGCUCGCGCACCACCCCAACGGGAUGCUCGACGCGCGCUACAGGCUCUGGCCCUGCGUCUUCGUGCUCUGCGACUUCGGGAGGUACCCGCCCAGCGUCGCCAACCUCGACAAGGACGUCAUCGCGCCCUACCGGCACGUCGUCGACAACUUCGCCAAUGACACCGCCGGGUACGACGAUCGCCCGACGCUGCUCUACUUCCAAGGCGCCAUCUACAGGAAGGAUGGUGGAUCCAUCAGGCAGGAGCUGUAUUACCUUCUGAAAGACGAGAAAGAUGUGCAUUUCUCAUUUGGAAGCGUGGCUGGUAACGGGAUUGAGCAGGCAACGCAGGGGAUGCGGGCUUCCAAGUUCUGCCUCAACAUUGCAGGCGACACGCCAUCCUCCAAUCGCCUUUUCGACUCAAUAGUCAGCCACUGUGUUCCGGUCAUCAUCAGUGACGAGAUUGAGCUCCCGUUCGAGGACGUCCUCGUCUACUCCAAGUUCAGCAUCAUAGUCCGUGGUGCGGACGCGGUCAAGAAGGGAUUCCUAAUGAACCUGAUCAGGGGGAUCAGCCGAGAAGAGUGGACGCUCAUGUGGAACUGGUUGAAGGAAGUAGAAAAGCACUUUGAGUACCAGUAUCCAUCUCAGACCGAUGAUGCUGUCCAGAUGAUCUGGAAGACCAUCGCUCGAAAGGUGCCUUCAAUCCGACUGAAGGUCAACAGAUUGCGAAGGUUUUCUCGGUUUGAAACUAACAGGACAAAUGAGAGUCCACCUCAUUCUUCUUCUUGGCUACAGAAUCAGGCUCCUUGAUUUUGAACUAGAAAACUCAAGCUCGCCGGGUUUUCGAUCCCGUGGAAAAAGACUGACCUGAACCGCUGGAUGGGGACAGAUGUUACUACCGAAGUGCCGAGAUUUGACGGAUUGAAGUUGAUAGACGUUAGAAUCACAGGGUUUACAUAUCCCAUGGCAUAUCAUUUUUGUUCCAAUCUAUUCUUUUACUAAUGAUUCAGUCAUUCAGCUGAAGUGCCCUCGGCUGCAGAUUAGGGCCAAUAAAUUUUGUAUGACAAGAUGUAUAUUCUAGGAGGUAGAGAUUUGUUGAUAUAUGAGGCACUAAAUUGCAAGCUAAUGAAACUCGGAACUGCAGACUACUUAAACUCUUAA